AUGCUUGAUGAGUACUCCUCUUGUGCGAUAGCUCAUGAUUCUGAUAUAGCUGAGCUAAUUAGAAAUACAAGUCUAAUCAUAUGGGAUGAAGCACCUAUGCAACAUAGGUACGCAUUUGAAUGCCUCGACCGUUCUUUACGAGAUAUAAUGAAAUCUGUUGAUCCAAACAGAUAUCAAAUGCCAUUCGGAGGGAUUACAGUUCUCUUAGGCGGAGAUUUUCGUCAGAUCCUCCCAGUUAUAAAUUAUGCCUCUCGUGGUGACAUUGUUUCGGCGUGCAUCACAAAUUCAUUGUUGUGGUAUAAUGCCAAAAUUUAUAUUCUUCAUCGUAAUAUGAGGCUCAAUCAAGGCAACACUGCAGAGGAGGUUGAAGAAUUGCGGACUUUUGCUGAAUGGGUGUUGAAAAUAGGUAAUGGUACUCUGAAACCUCCUCAACAAUCUCACAUAACCUAUGAAGAAGAUGACAUUCUUCUGCCUAUCAAUUUCUGUGAUCCUGAUGUAGUUGGUCAUUUGAAUUCUCAAAUUGUUGAAAACCUGCCUGGUGAACAAAAUACCUAUUUUAGUGUAGAUCGAGCUGAAGAUUUCGGUGGCACUGCAUCUGAUUUUGGGUUUGCUUUUCCACCUGAGUACUUGAACGCUUUCAACAUCUCUGGACUUCCUGCUCACGAUUUGAAACUCAAAGUUGGUGCUGCUGUCAUGCUAAUGCGCAAUCUCAAUCAAACUCUUGGCCUGUGUAAUGGUACCAGAAUGAUAGUGACAAAGUGUUUAAGAAAUUGUGUUGAAUGCGAGGUCAUUUGUGGAGCUUUCGUUGGUUCAAGACAUUUCAUUCCUAGAAUGGAGUUAUGCCCGACUGAUACCAAACUGCCUUUCAAGCUCAUCAGGAAACAAAUGCCACUUCAGAUAUGCUAUUCCAUGACCAUCAACAAGUCACAAGGCCAGUCGCUUGCUAAAGUCGGAUUAUAUUUGCCAAACCCCGUAUUUACUCAUGGCCAAUACUAUGUUGCUGUCAGUAGAGUUACUUCUCCUGGUGGACUUAAAGUCUUCAUAAACUCUAGCAAUGGCUCACCAACAAAUGUAACUAAAAAUGUUGUCUACAAGGAGAUUUUUUAUAAUUUGCCAUCUGCAUAA